UUCCACCGGAAAAAGAAACACUUAAACGUGUUCGACCGCUAGCUUCGGAUGUAGUCCUUUGAACGCAACAAUAUAAAGAGGCGGUGAAAGUUGCCCCACUGUUGAUAAAGUCGGCAAUGAAGCGAAUUGCCAAACGCAAGGUGCUAACACCAGGAAGGCUAACAGGAGGAGCAGCCAGGGAGCAACAAGCUCGGAAAAGAGCGACUACAACUCCAGGGCGGGCUGAACCGGCAUAUUCUUUGUAUUCCUCGGACCCCCGAGAUCAGGUGGACAGUCUGCACUACGGACUGGAUCGCUGUGCUGCUUUGCUGUCUGGCAUUCUUCACGUGCACAAGGCAGAACCCUCGACACAACCUGUCAAAGCAGCGACGGCUGGCGCAGGCAAGCCAAAACCAUCUGCCCCCCUGCGGAGAAAGACCAGCAGGAAACCCCCUGCAAAUACAGAACAGUCUAGGAAUAUGUCUCCAGGACCACAAUGUCUGCCUCCAGGCGUGCAGCAAAACCACGCCCCCAUCCAUCCUCUUUUACCUCCAUCACUGAAGGUGAUACAGCCGCUUCCUGGAUCUGCCUCAUCCCGGCCGGACCCGGUGCCUCACACUGACCGGCAGCCGCCCGGUGGUCACCACGCCACGGCCUCCUUCAACGGCGAGGAAGUUGAUGCUGUGCCUGUGAGAGACGGAGACACCCAAAUGCUCAGAAUGCAAGAGGAGAUGACGCUCGCUCAGUCUCGACUGCAGGAGAUUCAGGUUGACCUAGCAGAAGUGAAGAAGUGUCUUCUGGACACACGGAAACAGCUGAAGGACACGGAGGAGGAGAAGGAGCUGAUGAAAUCAGAAUUGGAGAGCAUCCGAAGAAAGCUGGUCCAUAGUGAUCAGGCAAAGAACAGACUGGCCUUACUGGCUCAACAAAGACUGGAACAGAUCGAAAACCUCAAGAGGAUUAUUCAGAAUGGCAGCGACACGGUUGUUGGUAUUCCCGUGUCGGACACUGCGACCCGGGAAAAACACAACGGGAACAGCACCACUAGAGAUAUCGUCACCAAGUACCUGACAACGCUACGCCAGUCGGAGGCCUCAGACGGUGGCGGCCAUGUACACUUUGCGCCAAAGAGCGAAGGAAAUGCACCCGCCCCGGGGAAGGUGACCUCACAUCCACAGCGCCUGCACGAAGCGCAUCGCCUCACCGAUGAGGCACUGCAGUUAAGAAAAGCCCGCCAACGCCUGUUUGACUCCUUCCUCUUGCUGCGUGAUGCUGAUUCUGUUUCACCUGACUGCAGCGUAACGUCCGUGUCGACCUUUGACACCAGGGAUGAGGUAGCAUUCCAAGACGGAUUGGCGGCCUUGGAUGCCAGCAUAGCCAGUCUGAAGAAAACCAUCCAGCUGGAUUUAAGCAGAUGAUCUUGCUUAGCGUUUUCAUUUUGUGUGGAUCAUUUUAAUACAACACGUUUAGGAUUAUUAAUAAUAAAUAUUUGUACUUG